GCGGCGACCCGGUGGCGGGGAGGACUCCGAGGGCAGACGUUCCAAAGCCACCCCGACGGAGAGACACGCCGAGACGCCCCUGCCAUUGGGAGCCCUUCGGUCUUAGCUCGGUUGUGAACGCGGCUGAAAAGGUGGAGGGCCCGGGGACGCGAGGAGCCAAGGAGUCGGUGAACGACUCGAAGGACGAAGACGGAUCGGACGUCACCUCGACUCUGAGCGGCUUGCUCGCCGGUCUUCCGACCUUGGCGGGCCCCCAACGCCUCGCCAAUUCCCUCAGGCAGAAGUUCGCCAGUAACUCCGAGGGAUGGCGAGACUCGGUGUUGGGGGCCCCGCGUCGUUUAUUGGUGACUCUCGGCAGUCUCUCCAGGGACAGCUCGCCAUGUCCUGCCGCGAAGGAGGAGGCUCUACCGAGUCUUCCGGUUCCGGACCUCGAGACGACCUUGCAGAAAUACUUGGCGCAGGUCGAAGCCGUCGCGCCGAACCACCUGGAAAAGACUCGGAGCUUGGUAAGAGCCUUCCUCUCGGGACCAGGACCGAAACUCCAGCAACGUCUCCUGGAACGUAGGCAGAAGACGACCAACUGGGCGACAGAAUGGUGGUUAAAUGACAUGUACCUGUCCGUCCCUUUGGCUCUGCCGAUCAACAGCAACCCCGGCGUGGCCGCGAAGCCGAAGAGAUUUGCCAACCAGCAGGAAGCCGCCGUGUUCCUCGCGCGAUUUCUCACGGAAUUGCUGAAUUAUCAGGAGUUGCUCGAUAGAUCCGGAUUGGAAGUUGAACGCGUGAAAUCCAAGGACGGUAAAACCAUGCAACCGCUCUGCAUGGCGCAGCAUUAUCAAAUGUUCCGGAUUUAUCGGCGACCCGGUGUGAACACCGAUGAGCAAAUUGUCCUGGAUAGAGCGUCCUCCGGCGAUCACAUUAUCGUCGCGCAUCAUAAUCAGUUUUAUAGUGUACCGGUAAGAGCGUCCGAUCGUGGUCGGAUCACCGAGGUCGAAUUGGUCCAACAGUUAUUAAGGAUUAUGGAGACUAAAGCCGACCCCAGAACACCCCCUGUUGGAAUUCUCACGACUGCGAAACGACCCGCCUGGGCGAAGGCGCGGGAAGAGCUGAUAAAAAGCGAGCGCAAUCGUCACAAUCUGGAGCUGUUGGAGCGCUGUCUAUGUGUCGUUUGCGUCGACGACGACGUGCUACCGACCACGUUUAACAAUCCCUUAAAGAAGGAGGAUCGAUGGAUCGGCGAUCGAGAUUACGCGAACGUGCUUCAUCAUGCUCUUCAUGGCGGAGGGUCCCGACACUUGGGCGCGAAUCGUUGGUUCGACAAGACCUUCCACGCUAUUCUUGGCAAAGACGGAAUGUGGGGAUUGACAUACGAGCACUCCGCUGGCGAGGCACCGGCCAUCUUCAAAGCUUUCGAGGAGUUAACCGAAAAGGUGGACUCUAUGUCGCCACCGGAUGAGAAUCUAGUAUCCUCGCAUCUUCCAGCGCCCGAGAAGCUGGAAUGGUGUCUCAGCGAGCAGAGUCUGAACGAUAUCAGAGAGGCCAUGACGAACUUCGAUGCACUGGUCGAAGAUUUGGAUCUUUGUAUCUUGUGGUUCGAAGAUUAUUCCAAAGACUUCAUAAAGACAUCCAGAGUCAGUCCCGAUGCUUACAUACAAUUGGCGCUCCAGCUGACGUAUUUCAGACUCCAUGGGAAAUUGGUGGCCACUUACGAGAGCGCCGGCGUCCGAAGGUUCGCGUUGGGUCGAGUGGACUGCAUCCGGGCAGCCAGUCCGGAAGCCCUCGCGUGGGCGAAGGCGAUGUGCCAGGGUGAUCCUCACGGUCAAACGAGUCAGCCCAACAACGCCGUAGACGGGAGCCCGAAAAGAACGGAAAGGAUCAAGGAGCUGUUUGACCUGGCGGUGCAGAGGCAGACCAAAGAGAUGAAUGACAACAUAUACGGCCAGGGUAUCGACAACCACUUGAUGGGGCUGCGUUAUGCGGCGAAGGAGGCCGGCGAUCCGAUGCCGGACAUCUUCACGGACGAGGCUUACGCGAUCGUUAAUCACUUCGCCCUCUCGACGUCGCAGGUGACCACGAAGAACGACGUGAUCGCCGGAUACGGACCAGUGGUGCCGGAUGGUUACGGAUGCGCUUACAACGUGAGGAAAAACGGCUUCAUCUUCUCAGUCUCGGCCUUCCACAGCGACGGCCGGACCAGCGCGAUACAAUUCGCGCAAACGCUGGAGCAGAGUCUGCGGGACAUGGCGGACAUGAUCAAGAAUUCGAAGAAGUGAUAGAUGCACGACUAGCGUUUAUAAUUUAGAGCCGCGAAACACACAGCCUCCCGUCCAUCUCGGCGGGAAUAUAGGGGCGAGAUAGAAAGAGGAAGGCGAGCUUCUCACGCACGAGGGUGGUUCGAAACGCGAAUCGAACCCGCAAAUGAAGCCGAUUUCGCCAGUUCUUGGUGUCUCUUGACGUUCUACGCUAUCGAAAAAUUCGAACUUGUACAGCAGAAGCGGCAUCUUUUAUCUUCUUAUUUUCGUAGCGUUUUUCAUAUCUUCAUUGCGUCGUUAAAGCUUCAAAGCUGAGGAGAUGUUACUUGACAUAGAUUUCCUACGGUGAAUUUACUUGAAUUUAAUUCUUCCUCGCGAAGAAAACGCAAAGCACGACUUUCGAAGCACCCUUGCACAGAGGAAAGUACGUACGUGUCUCGUAUAUAGAUUUUAGGAAAUUGCGAGCGUAGGCGUAGCGCAGAGAGAUUUAGGUAAUUCGCUCCCGCAUACAAUUCGUUUAGAUAUAUCGCUGGUUUGAUAUAAUCUUAGGGAGUACAUAGAGAAAAGAUAUAUUAUAUAUAUAUAUAGUGAAGAAGAGAAGAGAGCGUCGCCGAAGCGCUCAAAUUCACUUGAAAGCUGUUUGUAAUUCUUAAAGUACUCUUCGAUUACACUAAUACUAGAAGAGACUCUUCUCUUGUCUGUUUUUUAGAGGAGACUACAUACAAAAUACACAAAAAUAACACGUGCGUGAACAUAUAAUUUCGCAUUAUUAGCGAAUUGAAGAUCCUUCAGCGGUAGCCAUCGUAUAGUAUGGCAAAUCUGUUGUAGAUCGAUCGGUCGUUUUAACCCUUCUGUCAAUUAUGGAUACCCAGAUAUGCAACUUUAAAUGUCAAAAAUAUGUCAAAACUUUUUUCCGCCCGAAAUAAAAUUCGAAAAGUCUUCGUAUUCGGAAAGUAUAACAAGAUAAAAUAUUCAAUGCCCAGCAAGUGCUAUAAAAGAAAUUGUGCAAUGUGCGGAGAACUUUUCGUACCUGGGAACUCAUAGAUUGUUGCAUUGACAGAAGGGUUGAAACUUUAGUCCGCUCGAGGAGAGAGGAGUAAAGUUUCUUCGAGUGUUAUAUCCGAGCGCUGGAAAAAAUAGUCCCAAUCCAUCGCCACGUUUCAUACUUUCAAGAAAUAUUAACAAUAAUAAGUCGUUUCCUCGAACAUUCGAUCGAUUUUAUCGAACGCAAGAAUGUUCCUGCAUCUUGAACAAGAUUUCUUGAUCUUCUGAAGAUCUUUUGAAAUCACUUGAAGAGUAAAAUUAUCCGCGCUGAUCGUUCCUAUAGUAUUAACGAUUCGCUUUUCUCGUGUAGAGAUUCUCGCAAACUCGUGUCAUUCGCUUGCUUUCUAGAUUGAUCGAACGACCAAGGUGUUUUUUUUAGGGAUACAAUCCAAUUAUCGCAGACGUGUAGCUUUCCAGCGCACGGGACUCAUCUACCGCAGGAACACUCUAAAUGUGGCCAAUCUCAUCGUAUGUUGGCGCCCGCACAGUAAACUCUUGUCCAAUUCUUAGGUAGGUCGGCGGAUCGAGCCGCUCGAGAGAUUGUCAAGAGACGGGGUCGAUCGUCGACGGUAUAGCUCUAUCUGUUGUCUCUAUCGCGCUAUUCUUCUACUUCCUACGAAUUUACAAUCUAGGUAAACCGACUACCUGUACUUUUGCCAGGGAUUGAGACCGAUGAUAUUGCAAUUAACUACGUGUACAACAAUUGAGAUUCAACAAUAAUUGCGUGUGUAAUUAAGAAUGAUAUAUAACAGUUAUAUGUGGAAUUAACAUCUUGAAAUAUAUAUAAUAGUUACAUAUAUAUAUAUAUAUAUAUAGAUAUAUACAUGAGAUGAGAUAAUCUAUCUUUAGUCGAGAUUUUAGAUUUCGCAAUGUUAUAAAUGUAUGCGAAGAUGAUCUCAUUGAAAAAUGAUAUGCCGGUCCCAAACCUUGGUAUCAAUACGUGCUGAUCUCACGAAUUGAAAGAGAUUGAUCUCUCUUCAAUUCUGCAAUUUAGACAAAUUUAUCGCUUGAUGCGAUUCCUAUGCUGAUAUUGUUACCCUCGUAUUAAACCGUAUUGAUGACGGUGUUUAUAAUAUAUAUUAUUGUUGAUUUAAAAAGGGGUCUUUAAUGAAAAGAACCGAACACAAAGAAGCAAUUAAUUAUCGCUAAAAAAAUUACUUUAUCUUAGAAAUAACAUCUCUAAGAGAUGUUCUACAUCGUAUUUUUUAAUAUGAUAAAUCUUUUUUGCUGUCUCAAAUUCGAGUCAUUUCUUAAUAAUUAGCAAUCGAACAUAAACAAUUUCUGGCAAAUUAAAUUUCAGAAAAAAAAUAUUAUCUUUAGCUAAUUUUAAAAAAAUUUAACAAAAAUCUAAUUUGUAGCUUUUUAACGACAAAAAUGUAUAAUGUAUUUAAAAAGUAAUAAGUUGCAAUAAAUAUAAUGAUCUCUCGUUAUUUUCGUUAGAAGACAAUUUAUUUUAAAUAAAAACUGAAAAAUCUGAAUCUGCAAUUACAAAUUAAUAAAAUAAAAUUGCCAGUCAAUGAUAUCAAAAUUUGUGACUCUACAAAAAUCUAUUACAUAUCUAUGAUCAGAUGAAAGAUGCAAAUAUAUAAAAUUCUUCUCAUACAAUCUUUUCAUACAACGACUUUUGAUAAUCCCCUUUUUCUCAACAAAAUAAUGUAUUUGAAUUAUUAUCUAUCACCGGAUAGAAGUAAAUUUACGCAUUUUCUUCGCGAUUUAGAUAAUUUAGAGAUUUAGACGAUCUGUUACGCCCUGUCCUCUCGUAUCGGGGUGUUACUGUUAUCAAUAAUAUCGAGCGAUUGUUCUAGUUGUAAUUGCGAGGACGAGAUUAUCGAAAAGAAUCGUCUCGUCAUAAGAUAAAGUGUUUAGGUAUCGCAUUUAAUUAGCUUCCUAAUUCUAGUCAAUUAAAAUAAUUCUAGUUAAUUGUUAAAGAAAAUGAGGGAAAAUCGAUACCACGGCUUGAAAAAAAAUUUUUUUACGGUCAGAUUUGUACGAGAAAUUAACUAGAUAAUAUCUUAUCAUAUAAUUUGUCAUAAAUGACAAUCUCGUGCAAGUCUGAUAGUAAACAAUUUCUUAUCCUUAAUAUUCUUGGUAUAUCGAAUCUUCUUCAUUUUCUCCGUUCCUAUUUGUAUAUAUAUUAUCAGCGUUAAAUGCGAUAUCUUGUUCAUAUUUUAUUCAUAUUUUACGAUAUCGUGUUAAAUUCUUUUUUUAAAUUUUGUUAUAUAUUAAUCCCUUGUUAACUUUAAAAAAAGCGAAUCACCCUGCUCUUUCAAUUAGAAAUUUCAGCAUUUUUGUUCGGUCUUAUAAAAUCAGCCCCUUACAAAAUAUUCCACGUGUUAUUUCGUCUCUUCUGUUAUAAUUGUCUGAUUGAUUCAUCAGUGUUAAAAAAUCACGCCUUGGAAUUUUACGAAAGUUAAUUGCACGGGAAGAAAGGGGCGGAAAAUUUGUCACUUGCGAAAUGUAUACGAGAGAGCACGGUGCCUCUUCGUUAUUGUUAGAAAAACGGUGAAAGGGACAAAAAAUAUAUAUAUGAGUACAUUUGUAUAACGCGUGCGCGUUCGAAAGUACAUGCAUGUUUUCGCGUAUAUAUACAGGAUGCAACCACAAUAUAUGCAAUAUAUAUCGAAAGCAUUUUCGGAGCAAAUCGCAUCAAUAUUUAAAAAAAUGUUUUUAUGUUUAAUUAUAAAGUUUAUUGUAUAUAUUUAUAUAUAUAUUUCCAGUGCGAUUCACUCCCAAAGUGUACUCUAUUUCCCUUUUUCUUUCCUUACACAAAAAAAUUUGUUAUUUUAACUAAACCUUUCAACUAAAUCAUUAU